CAGGGAUGGACUGACCAUUUGGAAACUCGGGCCCGGGAUCAGUAGGGGGCCCCAUGAGAUGCCCCUGGUACCUUUUUCAUAAGAUUUUUUAAAUUUGGGCAAGGACACAGGGGCCCCACAAUCCCCUAUUGCCCGGGGGCCCCAUGAGUUGUCAGUCCGUCCCUGGUACCACCAGUCCUCCUUCACUCUGCACAUGCUCAGUUUUGUAUUGCAUAUGAGGGGUUUUUUUUCUUGGGAGAGUGCAUGCUUUUUUUGGGUGUGUUUUGAGUGCGGGCAAGGACACAGGGGCCCCAUGAUCCCCUAUUGCCCGGGGGCCCCA